CAGCCGCGCCCUGCCGCCGGGGGCGGGUCAGCGCGGCUCUCCGUGCGGGGCGGCCCGGCCGCUGCGUGUGCCCGCUCCUCGGCCUCGCGUGGGCGUCCUCGCGCCGGAGUUACUGUCCUGUGGAACUUGCUUUUCUAACUGCCGGCUCCUGAGCCGGUGGGGAUUUGAUAGGACCCCAACUGUAACCGUAGGACAUGGAUCAUCUCCCAGCUCCGAACGCACGGGUCAGGAAAGCCCCCAGAGGCCAGCCCCUCCGGAGGGCAGGUGUCUUUUUCUCCGCCCCGCCACCCACGGCUUGCCUGGGGAGUGCAGGUCCUAAUCUGAAGGAGUGGCUGAGGGAGCAGUUUUGUGACCAUCCGCUGGAGCACUGUGAGGACACAAGGCUCCAUGAUGCAGCCUACGUGGGGGACCUCCAGACCCUCAGGAGCCUGUUGCAAGAGGACAGCUACCGGAGCCGCAUCAACGAGAAGUCUGUCUGGUGCUGCGGCUGGCUGCCCUGCACACCGCUGAGGAUCGCGGCCACUGCCGGCCAUGGCAACUGUGUGGACUUCCUUAUCCGGAAAGGGGCCGAGGUGGACCUCGUGGAUGUAAAGGGACAGACCGCCCUGUACGUGGCUGUGGUGAACGGGCACCUGGAGAGCGCCCAGAUCCUCCUGGAAGCCGGCGCCGACCCCAACGGAAGCCGGCACCACCGCAGCACCCCAGUCUACCACGCCUCGCGUGUGGGCAGGGCUGACAUUCUGAAGGCCCUCAUCAGGUACGGGGCUGACGUUGAUGUCAACCACCACCUGACUCCUGACAUCCGGCCCCCUUUCUCGCGGCGCCUCACCUCCCUGGUGGUCUGCCCCUUGUACAUCAGCGCAGCCUACCACAACCUCCAGUGCUUCAAGCUGCUUCUCCAGGCGGGGGCGAACCCCGACUUCAACUGCAAUGGCCCCGUCAACACGCAGGGCUUCUACAGGGGCUCCCCCGGCUGCGUCAUGGAUGCCGUCCUGCGCCACGGCUGCGAGGCCGCCUUCGUGAGCCUGCUCGUGGAGUUUGGAGCCAACCUGAGCCUGGUGACGUGGGACUCCUUGGGCCCAGAGUCGAGAGGCAGAAGGAAGGUGGACCCCGAGGCACUGCAGGUCUUUAAAGAGGCCAGAAGUGUCCCCAGGACCUUGCUGAACCUGUGCCGGGUGGCUGUGAGGAGAGCUCUUGGCAAAUACCGACUCCAUCUGAUUCCCUCGCUGCCUCUGCCGGACCCCAUAAAAAAGUUUCUGCUCUACGAGUAGAGCUCAGAUGCAGCGGUCGACCGCGCGAAGAGGAAGGUGACUGGUGAAAGCGGACACCGGGUCCUGCCCCUGUGAACCAACCCCCCCAUGUCCUCCGACCAAGUCCCAUUUGGCUGUUGGUAAAGCAGAAACGGCCUUGUUCCCACGGCUUGUAACUCCAUCUCGGGUGCUGGGGGCACUGGACAGUCCUUGGGCCAUUGUCGGCUGAAAAGUUCAUACAAAACCUAAUUUCGCUCU